GAAUCAUGACGAAGAACAACUUCCACGUUAGCGUUUUUAUUUAGACGUUUUAACGUCCUGGAACUCAAAAUAUGAUUAAUUUAACUGCACAUCAUCAUCCCAUGUUGUGUUUAGUUCGAGUUGGAGACAGGAUUUGUUUGAUAGCUAACUAGCUAGCUGCUAAAGUUAGCCAACAAUGGCUAACUGUAUGAUUUUUCGCACUCAAAUAGCCUCCAUCAUGGAGGUUCUAGCGAAUGCAGCCGUGGCAGAGAUCUGUAAACUCGUAGACGACGACUAUGCAGUGUUUCGUUUGGAAAUAACUCAAAGCCAGAAAGAAAACAGGGCAUUGCGGAGAAAACUACUGGAAUCGAAGGUGGUACGGGAGCGCGCAGAAAGGACAGCGCGAGAGCGCGUCCUCGCCAGUCGCCCCAGUAGUGUCAAGAUCCUCGACCGAUACAAAGGAAUGGCAAGAGGUGAAGGACAUCUCACUGGAGGCUACAGGACCUUUGUGAAGCCAGCGGGACACAAUGAAUGGAGAGAUGACCAACCAAUCACUGUUGAUGAGGGGAGUGGAACCUCAACCCAGCACGUUAUCAUGAUAGAGUCUGCAGAGGCUGAAGGUCCUGCUGUCAAGCUAGAGAGGUCUGAAGGAGAGGAGGACCCACGGCACAGCAGAGACAUCCAGACUGGAACGGCUGACACGCCCUCUGUAGCCAGAGAGGACCCCACCACCGCCCAAGCACAGCCAAGGACCCAUCACAGCAUCACGGAGGAGGAGGGUCCAGAGGUGCUGCUGGUGAAGGAGGAGGGGUGUGAGGAGGGUCUGGGGAACCCUGAGAGGACCAUGGUCAUGGAGGACAACCAGACUACACCUCCUCCUGAACCCACAGAGGAACCAGCUGAGCAGCACAGGAACACACACAGUCUCACUGAGUCAGUAGACAUGGAGAAUGGGAAGCCUGAUCUGCUGUUAGUCAAAGAGGAGACAAUAGAGGACGGACCGAAGAGCAUUGAUCUGCUGAGUGGACUAAAGAUGGGGGAGCAAGGUUGGCUGGAGGCUAACAAUGGACACUGGGCGGCCAUCUUGGAUUCCAAGACUGGUGCAGCCAAGAUCCCAGGGGACAACAUCACUGAGCGGGCCAGAGACAACAUAGUGGAGUGUGCAGUCCAUGAGAACCUGCUGAUAUCCGGUGUUGCUGACGGGAGAGACUGGACCUCUGAGGUGGCUGAUCACAAACCCUUGCCCCAGAUCAGGAGCCGUCACUCUUCCUUCCCGAGUCAGAACCAGGACCGAACCACGAGGGACAGAGACUCCACCAUCACACAGAACACAACCAGUGCACAGGUGGACUUAACAACCUCAGUCCUGGUGGUCAUCAGAGAGACAGAAACUCCAAUCAGGGAUCCAGUCUGCAGCCCAGACCCUUCUCUUCACAGUCUCAGUGCAGGGAUGAAGCAGGGCCUGGGGCUGAUAGAGAUAGACCCUCUUGUUGCUAUAAUACAAACACCACAGUAUCCAUGAUGAACAGAGCAGGUCACCCUGGGCUUCAGCCUUCAGAGUGUGGUGGGAAACCCCCCUGGUGGUAGUCUUUCAGGUAGUCUGUCUUCUCCUUCAGGGUCUCGUCUAAUGCCUGAUGACUGGGUUCAUAGAAAGCCUGGACCUGGGUCUAGCCUUCCUCAGCUACCUCAAAGUUACCCCACCAAUACAGACAGGGUCAGGAUGGGUGUCCACCACAAGAUGUACCUAGCCUAUAACACAUCACACAAUCUCAACAACACCCAAACAAUGGCUAGAGGUCAAGGAGGGAGCUCAAAUACUACACCUGAGGGUGGUGGCUCCUGCUUCUACCUCCUCACGUAAUCACUGGAUCACAACGUGUGAGGCCGAGCAUUAGGACGGAGACAAGCUGCUUCACUAGAGCAAACUAUUUGAAAGAGCACCCAACCGUUCACACCUAGGAGAGGCCCUUCUCGUGCCAACUAUGUUACAAGAGCUUCUCCUUCCUGACUAACCUUACCAGACAUAGUAGCGUCCACAAUGGUGAGAAAUGAUAGCAGUGUGCCUUGAGAUGUACGCAGGGGAUGUCUGGGCACUAUUCAUUAGCUGACAUAUUAUAGUUAUCAUGUGAAGUUUCUUAGGGUAAUAAGGUAAUUAACCACAUGCCCCACAUUAACUUGUCAUUUGAAACAGGAUUGUGUAAAUUACUUUUUAGAGAGACAGUAAACCUAGGCUAGAACAAGGACAGUUGAAUAUUUACUUUAUUGAGGUGAUGUAGAUGGAAUAAAGUCAUUCUAAUAUGUUCUACUCUAUUCUUGCUAACACACUGUUCUUUCUAAACAAUUAUGCUCUCAGCUUGAAAGAUACUGAUCAUAGGAGAUUUUGUGUAAAAACCCUCUGAAUUUGGCAUUCCAGAUUGUGGUCGUAAAUUCAAUCUAUUGUUUAUAUUUUUAAAUCCCCUUAAAAACCAAGUUAGGAAUAGGCUAUAUCAU